AUGGCUCACCUCUUCCAUGGGCUUGCAGGUGCCAACAAUGGCAGCCUGCCACACGCAGUGGCCCACCACGGCCACCGGGACACCGACGAAGCUGGGAGCAGCCUCCACGCGACCGUCGCGCCGAGACCCCCCGAGAUCCGCCGUCCUCCGCGCAACCUCCGUGCCGAGGCAAAGCCGGCCGCCCCAACCCCUCCACCACCGCGUCCCCGGGGCCGCUGCCCCGGCUUGCCGGCGCCGGCGAGCACCAGCUCCGAGCAGGCCCCGGAUCGGGCCCUCCCGGGCCCGGAUCCAGCCCCGGCCCACCAACGAAGCACCUCGCCGCCGCCCAUGCCGCACGUCGCCGCGCCGGCCACCUCCCCACGCUAG